UAUAGCAAUCGAAAAUAAGAACGAAACAUUUUUAUUUCGACCAGGAACAACUAUAAACAUUACUUGGUCGUAUAAAGUUUCUUCCCCCUUUAUGUAUCGGAGAUGGAUGUUCACUGCCUAUGGCUCCUCUUCCCGUAGAUUACUUGCAGACAUUUUUGAUAACAGCGGAAUUUCAUAUCAUCAUCAUCAAAUCCAUCUGAAAAUUUAUAAACCAUUAACCUUAGAAUUAAUUAAUAUGAACAGCAGUUAUAAUGGGGAAUAUACACUAAUCAUUCAUAGCUCAAUGGGACACUAUUCGAGGAGUAUCAAUGUGUAUAUCGUUGUUCCCACAUCAUGUUUAUCAAGGUUUUCAACAACGUUUUCAACCGAUAUGCCUUCUACUAAAAACGGUUCCAUUGAGGCCCUCUCACCGACAAUCCAGCAAUCAAGUGUCUUUGCCUCUACAAAGGAGUUUUCGGCAACAUUACCAUCUUCAAGAUUUCCUACUAUACCUAAUAGUAGGAGCACACAACCACAGCAGUUACUUCUCCAUCUUUACCUGAUCAAUGCAACCUGGAUUCUAAAUCAAAACUACACCGUCACGUUUGGCUGUUGA